GAGAAACAAAGGCACAGAGAGAGAGAGAGAGAGAGAGAGAGAGAGAAUGGAAUGGAGAAAGUGUUAUAUGGACGUGAUUUUGGUGCCCUUGGCGAUUCUAAUGAACUUGGGUUACCAUCUGUGGCUGUUGCACAGGGUUAGGACUCAGCCUCACACCACCAUCAUUGGCAUCAAUGCCAGUGGCCGCCGAAACUGGGUUUCUCAAAUGAUCAAGGACAACGAGAAGAAAAACAUCCUGGCAGUUCAAUCAUUAAGGAACGCAAUCAUGGGAUCGACCUUAAUGGCCACAACUGCGAUCCUUCUCUGCUCAGGCCUAGCAGCAGUUAUAAGCAGCACUUACAGUGUGAAGAAGCCAGUGAACGAAACCGUUUAUGGAGCUCACGGAGAGUUCAUGGUGGCUCUCAAGUACGUCACCCUCCUCACCGUCUUCCUCUUUUCCUUCUUCUGCCACUCUCUGUCCAUAAGGUUCAUGAACCAAGUGAACAUCCUCAUCAACACGCCUCAAGAUCCCAUGUCCCUGGUCACACCAGAGUACCUCCACGAGCUCUUGGAGAAAGGCUUCAUUCUCAACACUCUGGGAAAUAGGCUCUUCUACGCGGCAAUCCCGCUUCUGCUUUGGAUCUUUGGGCCCGUCUUGGUCUUCUUGUGUUCUUGCACUAUGGUUCCUGUUCUUUACAAUCUCGACUUUACUUUCUCAUGUGACAAGAAAGUGAAUAAGGAUGCCAAUGAAAAUCGUGAGAUGUAUGAAGUUUGAUUGGAUAAUAAGGUCGUGGUUCAAAGUAAUUGGUCAUAGCGUUUUCUUAUUUGAGAGAAUUAAUGAGGCAAAUUUGCGCCUGAUGAUCAUGUAUUAAGCUUUGGCCAGAAGUUUUGAGCUGGUCAAUAUCAUACAGAUUGUCCAUGUAAAAGCUCGGCACAAUAUGGUGUACGAUUUCUCCUUCA